AUAACAGACUACAGAACGAGAGAGAGGAACAUGUGAAUGGCUGAACUGAAAAUGUGUUGAUGUCGUCAGUCCAUAUUUAAUCUGUAAAGCAACAAACCCCGUAAUAAGCUGAUUAACAGCAGAGAUAAUGCGGCGCCUGGGUUCAGUGCAGCAGAAGAUCCCAUGUGUUUUCCUGACAGAAGUGAGAAACGAACCAUCCAGAAAACGCGACUGUCAGCAGUUCCAGGUGGUGGCCACUGAGAAUGUGAACCCUGCUGCUCUUGAAGCAGAUAUCCACUGUGCAGUAGCAACUGAGAAGAUUGAUGGGACAUGCUGCUAUGUCACUACCUACAAAGGGGAACCAUAUCUCUGGGCUCGUCUGGAUCGGAAACCCACCAAGCAGGCAGAUAAGAGAUUCAAGAAGUAUCAGUAUUCGCGGAAGACCUGUAAAGGAUUUGUGUGGAACGUAGACGAAGAUUUCCGAGAAGUGCCAGAAUCCUGGAUCGCUGCUCACAGAGUCCAGCAUGAGAAUGGCCAUCCAGUGCCGGACGAACAUGGACACAUUCCAGGUUGGGUUCCGGUGGAUCAUACCAACAAGCAGUACUGCUGGCACGCCUCUGUGGUCAACUAUGAUUCUGGUGUUGCCCUUGUCCUGAAGACACAUAGGGAGGAUGAAGGGAUGCUUGAAAUUGUCAGCAUUCCUCUAGUAGACCUCAUGGAGCAAACCCUUGAGCUGAUCGGAACCAACGUUAAUGGAAAUCCAUAUGGUUUGGGAAGUAAGAAGUAUCCAGUCCAUGUUUUGGUGCCCCACGGGGUCCUGCGCAUCCGGAACCCUCCUCCAGUGGAUUUCCAGCAGCUGUAUUCCUGGUUUCAGGAAUGCCAAGAGGGGCGAGUGGAGGGAAUCGUUUGGCACUGUGAUGAUGGGACACUGAUCAAGAUACACCGCCAUCACCUUGGUUUGAAAUGGCCUGUCGGUGACAGCUUCCUGAACACCAGAGCUGUGCUUGUCCGCGUAGAUGAAGAACCUGAUCCAGAUGCCUCCGAGAAGGACUUGUUCAAAUCGUUUUCCAGCAUAAACGGAAAACUCUUCAGCUGCAUACAGGACAUUCAGUUUGAAACCUGAUCCCAAAAAAUGAAACUACCAAUCAUUCCUGAUAGAUCUGGUUUUAACCUUUGCCAACACUUAAUACUGGUCAAAACUGCAUGUUGUGAUUUCCCAUCGACAAUUUGCUCAUAUAUGCACUUCGAUAUAUGAUGUAUGCGAAUGCUGUGAUAGCUUUAUAUUGGAAGUGUUUUUUUUAUUUUAUUUUAUUAUAACUAUUUAAUUUUUCUAGUUUAAAUAGUUUUCAGAGGAUGGUUCAGCAAUAUGUAUAUAAAUAAAUGGAAAUUGACAUUGA